CGUUAAAUUAAUAGCUAUCACGAAAACUAGUAACGUUUUAAUACUGAAAGAGAUACGUGCAGCCAAGUUUGAAUGAAGACCUAGGCUCCACAUCCAGCAUAGGUAAUCUAGAAGCACGACUUUGAGUACAGCAGUCCAAUGAGCCAAGAGAACUAAGGUGUGUAGCAGUGAGGCGACAUCAAUACUGCACACAUCGGAACGAACAACAAGAGAUUCGUGUGAUCUUUUACGCGUUCCGCUUCACAUCGUUGGCACUCUGUUUACCCGACCUUCUAAAGUUUCUGCGUAGCAGGCCGGAGCAGGAGUAUCCGAUUUCGCUUUGGAAAUUCUCGGUUCGGCAGACGUACCGUGCCGCGAAAUGGAUGUCUUGAACUACUUCGUGGCCAUCGCGCUUCUGAUACAGGCCCCAUAUGGCCUGGUGCAUGCAUCCACUGGUCUACGGCAGGCUCCUGAGUCCACGGUUGCGCAGAUGGAUUCUCAGACUCAGGAUGACGACGGAGCACAGACGCAGUAUGAACUGGCUGCGUCACCGAGUUCUGUUCCAGCCGAGAAGCUCACACCAUCCCAUCCACUGUGGUACACGUGUGUAAACAGCACAGGUGCCAAGCUUCGACUGGAGAUCUUGCCGGGCUUUGGAUGGGACGCACUGAGCCAUGAGACGCUGGGAUUCAUGCCUGAAGUCAGCUAUGAGCUGUGCCAGACCACUCCGGAUGGAAUCUAUAUCAUUCCAGACACGAUGGAGGCGGUGCCUAUCAAAGGAAGCAAGGUCAAGCAGUAUUCGGAGGAGUUUGGUUCUUUUAACAGCUAUGAGAGCAGCACAUCGUUGUCAAUGAGUCUCGACGUGAGCACUCCAAUAGUCAGUGGCAGCUUCUCUUCAGACUACGAAAGAAACAAGAAAAAUCAGGUCAAGUAUAACUCAGUGACAGCGCGUGCAGAGAUCCGUCAAGAGUUCUACCAGGUCAAGAUCAAGCCGGACGCGUCGAUCUCCCGCCAGCUCAGGAACCGGCUGCUGGUCAUCGGUGAUCUGAUGCACAACAACAAAACGCAGGCUGCCACGCACGAGAUUGAGCUCAUCAUCAGAGACUUUGGAACCCAUAUGAUCACAGGGGUCACGGCAGGUGGGAUUUUCCAGCGAGAAGUACAGGUCACCAGAAAGUAUGCCAAAAGCUCCUCCCGCACAACUGCUAAUGUCCGAUCUUCAGUUAGUGCAAGUCUCUUCACCGGGUCUGGUUACAAGUUUUCGUACCAUAUAUCAAAAAAGCAGAUGGCGGAAUUUGAGACCAAUGUCACGCAGUCUCUGACCAGGACAAUUGGCGGGCGGCCCUACAAAUCAAAUAUGACUGUCGCUGAAUGGGGAGCGGAUUUGGAACGCUCUCUGGUGGGCAUUGACCGCUGGGGAGAUCCCAUUCAGUAUGUAGUGACACCGUACUCUGUUCCAGAGCUUCCAGCACCCACCGUGAGGCAGAUAUCUAACGCAUUGGCAAAGGCGGCCAGGGAAUACACUGACAUUAACAUACACCAGGGGUGCACAGAUGUCGACUCUGCAGGCUUCAACUUCAAGGCAAACACUGGAGAUCGUUCAAUGUGCCAUCCUGUUCCACAUAAUUACACGUUUGGUGGCAUUUAUCAGACCUGUAAUGUCCUGCAUGGUCAGGGCAGAACGGAUUUCUGUCAAGACCUCUUGCAGAAGAAUCCAAGUACCGGUGACUACAGGUGUCCUCCAGCGUAUGAGCCAGUGCACUUCCAUACCGGCAGCAAAACGAUAAACUGGCACACAACGUAUUGCACAACAGUCCGAGCAACAUGUAGAGCCCUUCUCAUCAUUCCAUAUUCCUGCACCAAGACAGUAUGCUAUGAGGCCUACUUGGCAUCUGACGCCGUCUAUCAGACCUACUGGUGUGCGAAACUGGGCCAAGCAUCAGCCCGGUCCGGAUAUCUCUUCGGAGGAAUCUACUCCGACCAGUUUCCCAACCCGGUAACUGAGCUGCCGAAUUGUCCGUCGUACUUCUAUGGUGUCACCAUGGGCAAGGGAAUGACGCUGUGUAUCAGUAAUGAUUACCAGCGUGGAUUUGAGCAUGCACGUUCAUUUGCAGGCUUCUACAGCUGCUCAACAGGAAAUCCUAUGUACUUGGCUCAUGCUUCAUCCACACAGCCCUCUCUUCUUUCUGAGAUUGGAUUUGACGCUCUAAAGGGAGCUGACACAUGGCCCAAGCGCUGCCCGGAUGGAUACUCUACCAAAGUGGCAGCUAUUGAUGAUGGCUGUCAGAUCAACUACUGCGUGAAGGAAUUCCCAGACGCCGAAGCGAUACGACCUCUCCUGCUGAGACCGCCUUACGGCAGGGCGUACCCCGAGCCGGGAAACUACACAGUCGAUUUGACGGAGGUAGUUGGACAAGGAGGACAGGUGUGGCGCAAGAAUAUCACAACAGGCGUGUGGACAAGGGUGCCGUUGGUAUUACCGUCGGACAAUGACCUUACUCAGUCCAGUGUACUUGAGAGCGCCCCGUCCAACACCAAUCUGAUACUGAUCUACACGCUGGUGCCCUCGGCGGUGGUGGUCCUGGCACUAGUCACUGCUCUGGUGGGUCAGCGGCGCCGGAUCAGGCAUCUGCAAGCUAAGGAGACCCCACAGCCGCCAAGCAAGCCGAAGGUAACCUUCUCGGCAGGCCCGAGUCCAAGGGCUGCAAUCAUCGGACACCCUCAGCAGCAGGACUGGGCCAAGUCUUUUCCAGCCAACACGGCCCAACAGGCGCAUGUCGAGCUAUCGGAAACAGAAGUUGUCGACAACACGUAUUAGACCCUUUCCAGCCGUUUUGAAUUUUGCAUCUAUAAUGUCAAUGCUUUGGUGAUAAUUAUAUGAGGCAAAUGAAAUUUUCCCAGUUUAUACAUUCUUGCUAUGCAUCAAUAGUGUGAUGAUUUUUUCUUGCAUUUCAGUAACAGGCAGUGUAAUUGUGUGUUUUCUUGGUUUCUGUUGCUUGGGAUGGUAAUAUUUUUCAUUUCGUCAGUGCUAUAGUCAUUGAUCUUUGGUGCUGCAUUUUGAGUUUACCUGUACAUGUACAUGGAUGAUUGAAGUACAUUAUUGUGUGAUUCACUAGCAAGGGAAGCACCCGCUAUCCCAACGCA